AUGCCGCUCCUGACGCUGCUGAAGAAGCAGCUCACGCCGACUAAGCUUCUGUUCCAUGUCCUUUUCUGGACAUUCCAAUGGGGCAUCUUUGCUUAUGGAUGGUAUAAGCAAGAAUCCGACCCACGUUUGGCGGGCCUUAAUGCGCUCCAGUACUCCGUGUGGAUCUCACGGGGUGCUGGUUUGAUAUUGAGUGUCGAUGGAAUGCUCAUCCUUCUGCCUGUCUGCCGAACCAUCAUGCGAUUUUUCCGUCCAAAGAUCAGGUUCAUCCCCCUUGACGAGAACAUUUGGAUGCACAGGCAACUCGCAUAUGCUCUAUUGCUGUUCACCAUCCUCCAUACCACAGCACAUUACGUCAACUUCUACAACGUCGAGAAGACCCAGAUUCGCCCGGUGUCCGCCCUCCAGAUUCACUACGCCCAACCCGGUGGUAUCACUGGCCACACGAUGCUUCUCUGCAUGCUUCUAAUGUAUACGACUGCGCACCAUCGCAUUCGGCAACAAUCAUUCGAAACGUUUUGGUAUAUGCACCAUCUCUUCAUCCCCUUUUUCCUUGCACUUUAUACGCAUACUGUUGGGUGCUUCGUGCGUGACUCGAAAGAGGGUUUCUCACCUUUCGCUGGUGAUGACUAUUGGACGCACUGUAUUGGGUACCUGGGUUGGAGAUGGGAGAUGUGGACCGGCGGCUUCUACCUCCUGGAGCGGCUCUAUCGUGAGAUCCGCGCGAUGCGCGAGACUAAGAUCACACGUGUCAUCAGACACCCUUACGAUGCGGUCGAGAUCCAAUUCAACAAGCCGUCCUUCAAGUACAAAGCCGGCCAGUGGUUGUUCCUUCAGGUCCCCGAAGUGUCGAAAUACCAGUGGCAUCCGUUUACCAUCACGUCUUGCCCGUUCGACCCUUACGUUUCGGUCCACAUUCGGCAGGUCGGUGAUUUCACCAGAGCACUUGGCGACCGCGUGGGUGCCGGUUCGGCGCAGAGCAAGGUGUACGAAGGUGUCGAUCCUAUGGGCAUGUACGAAGUGGCACUCCAGAACGGCCAACAAAUGCCCACCCUUCGCAUUGACGGGCCGUACGGCGCGCCCGCGGAGGAUGUAUUUGAGAACGAAAUUGCUGUUCUGAUCGGAACCGGUAUUGGUGUCACGCCGUGGGCCUCGAUUCUCAAGAACAUCUGGCACUUGCGGAACGGGCCGAACCCGCCCACCCGCCUGCGCCGUGUUGAGUUCAUCUGGGUGUGCAAGGAUACGAGCUCGUUCGAGUGGUUCCAGACGCUUCUCUCGUCUCUGGAGCAGCAAUCUAGCGAAGCAGCUCGCGUUCCUGGCUCUAGCGGUGUCGAGUUCUUGAAGAUCCAUACCUAUCUGACGCAGAAGCUUGACCGGGACAUGAUGGAAAACAUUGUGCUGAACAGUGUUGGCGCCACCGUGGAUCCGCUCACGGAGCUCAAGUCGCGGACCAACUUUGGCCGUCCCAACUUCACCAAACUCUUCACCGGCAUGCGCGACGGUAUCCUCGAUCGCACCUAUCUUAGCGGCCUAGAGGGCAACAUGAGGACAACCGUUGGUGUAUACUUCUGCGGUCCCUCUGCAGCUGCUCGUGAUAUCAAGAAGGCGGCUAAAACGGCUACAGCCCGCGAGGUCCGCUUCCGGUUCUGGAAGGAGCACUUCUAA